CCCAGGCUGGUCUCUGGGCUCUGAAGGGGGGCCGCGUGCCGUUCAUCUCCACGCCUGAGGCUCGCUGCGGAGCUAGGUCUGGCCCGAUGCCCCCUAGCGGGGACAGCGCACGGUCUCGUUGCUGGCAAGUACCGGGGUCACACGCGCCCUGCCCGCGCAGCGCCCUUGGGGCGGGGCCGGACCCUGGCCAGUAGAGGCCCCGUUCUCCGCGCCGGAAGUGUCGUGUCAGGAUCCCCAGCGUCCGGAGCAGCGUCAGCUACAUGGAGUCGCCGGUGCUGAGGAGCCCGGAAGAGAUAGCGGCGCUGUACCGCGAGCUCAGCCAGUGCCCCUCGCUCUGCAGUGCCUGUAUCGGGCCCGAGGUCACCACUCGGUAUGGGGGCAAAUACUGCAAUGUCUAUACAGAGUGGUCUCAGCAGGACCUGGAGAGAGCCGAGAGCGUGAAGUUCUGCCGCCAAUACCUCAUCUUCCAUGACAGCCAGGCCAUUGUGUACUCGGGCCCCUCGGGCACCUGCAGUGAGAUCAAGGGAGAGUGCCAGCGAGGUUAGAGGAUUGGGCCAAAAGAAAUCAGACGAGGUUCAACAAGCAAUAUGCAACAACCUGCUCCUCACAAACUGGGAAGAAUUAGUAGGAGAAGCAAAAGUGAAUGGGAACCUGGGAGGCAGUGACAGUCGAGUUCAGGAUCCUGACAGAAGGAAGAAAGGAAAGCAGCAGAAUACGAACCCUAGAUUUCAGAAAAGCAGACUUUAACUCCCUCAGGGAACUGAUGGACAGGAUCUACUGGGAGAAUAACAUGAAGGGGAAAAGAAUCCAGGAGAACUGGCUGUAUUUUUAAGAAUCCUUUUUGAGGUUGCAGAAACAAACCUUAACUUUGCUGAUCGUAAACACAAAAAAGAAGCUGACAAUACGUGGAAGAUUGGACAAAUGACAAAUAUAUUGCUUAGGCAGGCAGGAAUUAAAUCAGGAAGGCCAAAUCACACUUGGAUUUUCAGCUAGCAAGGGAUGUUAAGAAUAACAAGAAGGGUAGGUGAC